AUUGUAGUUAAAUAUAAUGAAAAAAUUGUUUUUUGUUGCAAGGCAGUUUGUAUCCAAGUCUACCGCAAGGACGUUAACGAUUUGCACGAAUCACUCGAUUCAUACUACGACGAGCUGAUAAAAAAGCCUAAAUUAUCGAACCUAGUUCAAAAAAAAAAUAUGUUUUUCCUGAAACUAGGCAACCACAAUACCUAUCACGGUAGCGAUACUAUCUGCAGAACACGCUGGGUUGAAAUUAACCCAAGUUUUCCUCUACUCGUGAGUGAAAAAUUGCGGGUAGCAAUUUACGACGGGAAUUGGAUUGGAAAUAACCGAUUAAUAAAAUCGUUAACUGUGAUGCUCACGCAAAAACCACUGACGAUAAGAGUAUACAACUUUGCAGUUGUGUCUAUUGAUAUGUUUCAAGCGGUGAUCAACACCACUAUUUCGUACUACUUGUUACUAAAAACUUUUGAACCAGAA